GACUUAAUGAUAAGCCGGAAUAAAACUGUCGAUCAGAUUCGCAUUUACAGCAGUCGCAUCGAGUCCUGUCUCGCAGUUUCGUAUGAGGGGAUUUACGAUUUGUUUCUGAUUCUUCAAUUUCGACAGUUACCAAUUUCUGCGGCGACAUUUACUUAAAGCACCAUUAAUCCACGUUAAUCGCAGUUUUUAGCAUAAAAAAAUCCGUCAUGCCUUCGACGCGCGAUCUCGUCAACGAACUCAUCGCCAAAGACUCGGUUGUCAUAUUCUCCAAGACGUACUGUCCCUACUGCACGAUGGCCAAGAAGGUGUUUGACUCGUUGAAGAAGAAGUACACGGCAAUAGAGUUGGAUGAUAGGGAAGAUGCGCAGGAGAUACAGGAUGUGUUGGGCGAAAUAACUGGUGCCAGGACAGUGCCCAGGGUAUUCCUCAAUGGAGAGUGCUUAGGCGGCGGUACCGAUGUAAAGAAAUUGUACGAGAAUGGCGAGCUCGAAAAAAAAUUUUGAAUUUUCCUUGCCGAAGCAUGCUGUGACCGAUUACAAAUAAUGUUUAUUCAUAAUAAGAAGCAACUCUACUCUAACAAUAAAUACAACGUAUCUUUGUUGGCACAAGAGAAGAUACAAAGAUAUCUUUAGAACGAAUUUCGGUUCUUAUUCUGUUUCCAUCGGUCGUGUUUUUGAUUUUGAUUUAACAAUUAACUUUAACAUUGUUUACUCGAAUACUCGUGCAUAAAUAACAAAUAAAACACGGCCAAGUAACAGUCUAUCACACAAUACGCAGUUUAUAUUUAAAAAUUAAGUGUAUAAAAAUAUUAUGCGUUUUAAAGCGUAAAAUUUUCGUUUAAGCUUUUGUAUAUUUUCUAUAAUUUAAUUCAGUUAAGGCUGAAUAAAAACGUGCAAUGUUUUUAUAUAUUUAACAAUUUGUAAAACAAUUGUCGAUUAUGUUAGAUUUUCUUAUUAAUUGUAUUUUAUUCAAUAUUUACUUUUUUUCGUUCUUAUUUGAAUUUUGGAAAUUACUUAUAUCAACUUUCACAAAUAUAAAUUAUCUUUGAUCUCAGUUCAAUUUAUCCUUUAUCUUUUUCUAGCUUUUAGAACUAUGGAAAGAAAGAUAUUAUAAAAUCAAACUGCAUGUAGUAUAGUUUUUAUUUUUGGCUACGUAACUUAAUAAGAUAUUGAUUCAACUGGUUGAAUAUAGCUCUUACAGC